UAUUUCCCUGACACCUUCGAGACUGCUGCGCUCCCGCUUAUUAUGUCUGGAAGACUUGUGGCAAUUGCUGUGGAUGCGAGCGAAUACAGCGAAAAGGCAUUUGACUGGUUUAUGACAAAUGUUUAUCAUGAUGGCGAUCGACUGCUUGUGGUACACUCGCAUGAACUGCAGCCCCCGGCUUUGCCUCAUAUGAUGGCCACGGACGAAUGGCGCCGUGAAGUUGUGAAACACGAAAAUAUUAUAAAAGAACUGGAGAAGAAAUACGAGAAGAAAUGCAAAGACUUGAAGUUGUCAGCAAAGAUUGUUGUAGAAGCUGGCUCUCCUGGAGAGAAUAUCUGUAAGGUUGUCAAGAAGGAGGGGGCAACUUUUAUCGUGAUUGGCUGCCGUGGUGUGGGAACAGUUCGCCGCACCAUAUUAGGAAGUGUGAGUGAUUAUGUCGUUCACCAUGCCCACGUACCAGUGAUAGUGGUACCAAAGGAAAUACACCUGAUUUCAGUGAAUAUCAUUCGUCGUUCAACUAUCAACGGUAACAACAUGGCGAGUUCUGAAGCAAGAGUUGUGUGUAUAGCAGUAGAUGGAAGCGAGCAUAGCGAGAAAGCGUUUAACUGGUAUAAAGAUCAAAUAUACCGCAAUGGAGAUCGCUUGGUUGUGGUCCACUCUCAUGAACUACACCCACCUGCCUUGCCUCAUGCUAUUGCUACAGAGGAAUGGAAGAAGGAAGUCCUAAAACACGAACAGUACAUCAAAGACUUGGAAGAAAAUUUUAAAACCAAGUGUGAAGCAAUGAAGGUUUCUGCCAAAAUCAUCAUCCAAAGCGGACAUCCGGGAGACCAUGUUUGUAAAACUGCUCAAAAGGAAGGUGCUGCCUUUAUAGUGGUUGGCAGCCGAGGAAUGGGCACAAUCCGUCGCACCAUAUUAGGAAGUGUCAGUGACUACAUCAUACACCAUGCGCACGUGCCCGUGAUACUGGUUCCUAAGGUGAAGAACUGACUGUACCCAACCUCUCCAUUCACUGAAAAGAAGCAUUUAAGAUGAAGGAACAGUCAAUAGUAGGAUGAAAGAAUGAAGCUUUUUUUACCAUUGAAUUCUCUUGAAUUCUUUCGUUAGAAGUUGGUUGGAGAUUCAAAUAAACAUUUUACUAUUAUGAUAA